UAUAUAUAUAUAUAUAUAUAUAUAUAUAUAUAUAUAUAUAUAUAUACGUACGCACGUUGAUGAACUCGGCGUUGAUCGACAUGGAAGAGGAGAGUUACGGGAGUAGUAGAAAGAGAUCGGCAGCAGGGGCGGCCGCAGCAACAGGUCCUAAUUAUCCAUGUGCCGCGAAAGGGAAAGCCGUGGGAAAACGUGAAGAGGAGGAGGAAUUAGGCGAAGAGAUGGACAAGUUCUCUGCGCUGCUCGGGAACUUAAGAGCUCUGAAGGACGUCUUUAGGCGGCAGCAUGGGGACGCCGGUGGCAGCACAAGCAGCAAAAGGUUGAGGACGGAGGAGGAGGAGGCGCCACCGCCACUGCCACCGCCACCUCCGCUGCCGACGUGGAGGCCGACUUUCCAGUUGGAGGACUUCAAGCAUCCCUCCGGCAACGAAAAGGAGGAGGGAAAAUUAAGGAAAGACGAGGAGAAUCAUUUGGAACAGCGUCUUCAAGACGGAGCAAGUUUGGAUCUUAGUCUUGCUCUUUGAUUGGAUGAUUUACUUAGAAUUUUCUGACAGUUUACUGCUUUGCAAUUAUCCAAACUCUGAACAAAAUUAUUCUUCGAGAUUUUGUCAGAAUCUUCUGAAAGUAUUCACUAGUAUCGAGAUUGCGCACGCCAAAGUCAAGUACUCAAGUGUUUUUUUGAGUUCCUAAAUAUAUAAUAAAUGUAGUUUUUUAGGAGCUCGUAAUUUUUUAUUUUUGUUUGUAGCUUUGCUCUGCUUGGUGCACUUUUCUGUUCGCUCUCUUGGACGGCUAGUGAUUUAUGUAUAUUUGCGGCCUUCAUCUUCU